AUGACAAACAAAGUUCGACCAUUAUCUGUUGAGGAUGGAUCAACUAUCAGUUUGCCAACAGGGAAAAAAGGAAUCUCAGCACAUCUAGCAUUAAUAAAUUUUCUCAAAGGCAUGAUUGGCCCGGGAUGCUUCUCAUUACCAUUGGCAUUUAAAAUGGCCGGACUUUGGGCCGGCUUUGUACUUGUCUUUCUCCUGGGAUUCUUUACUUCACUUUGUAUGCAGAAACUUGUAGAAUGUGCGCAGUAUUUCAAAAAAAGACAUAAUGCUGAACAAUUGGAUUAUGGACGAUUGGCAGAGAGAUCAUUUGAGAGAGGAUAUAUAGUAGUUCUCAGACGAUGGGCUCCAUGGGCCAGAUACAUAGUUAACUUCUGUUUAAUUGCUCUUCAAUUGGGUGUAUGUAGUGUCUUCUUCAUUUUUGUAACAGAUCACGUGAAAGAGAUAGUUGAACAUAUCGAUCCAUCUGUGACUUUCGAAAAACGCACCUACUUCUUAUUCGCUAUUCUGCCUUUCCUUUUAUUAUCAUGGGUAAGAUCGAUCUAUAUCAUGUCUUUCAUAAGUUUAGCAGGCAAUGUACUCAUGAUAACAUCGAUAGUUAUCAUUUUUUCGCAACUGCUUAUGCUAACCAGUAACUGGGAGUCAUUACCAGCUGUCACAAGUGUUCGGAACAUUGCUGGAUCAGCAGGAGCUAUUAUAUACUCUUUCGAGGGUCAGGCUAUGGUGUUGCCUCUCGAGAAUAGGAUGAAACAUCCACAAGAAAUGCUUGGAUGGACAGGAGUCAUAAGCACCGGAAUCGCAUUGGUCACCAUAAUUUAUGCUUCAAGUGGAUUUUAUGGUUAUAUAGCAUAUGGAGAUAACACGAUGGGCACUAUCACCCUCAACUUACCAGACACUACCUUAAAUUUAGUUGUUAAAAUUCUGUUAAUACUAGUCAUUUUCACGGGAUUCUUGAUGCAGUUAUAUCCUGUCAUUGACGCAAUAACCCCUUGGCUGAAAACAAAACUUGAGAGCAAGCCGAGAUGGAUGCAGAUCGCAAUUGAAAUAUUAAUUCGUUCAAUCCUCCUCUUAAUCACAGUUGGAACAGCAUUUCUCCUACCCAAUUUGGAAGAAAUGAUACCAUUAGUGGGCGUAUCGGCAGGAAUGUUUUUGGCAUUAGUAUUUCCGCCUAUUAUCUACUUAAAUACAUUCUUUGCAUCUGUUGUUAAAGAACAAAAUAAGUUGUUAACUGCUCGGACACUAAUAGCUAACUUUUUCUUUAUUAUAUUGGGAAUAUCCUUUUCAAUAUACGGAUUAGAAGUAAACAUCGACAACAUCGUGACAGGACAAUGA